CUCCAGCGACAAAAAAUCUACCGAAAAAUUCUCAAAAAAACAAGAUUUUUGCAUGCAUAUUUUAUAUAUAUGUGUAUACGUGUGUGGUGAAGAGCGAAUUGAUGUUGAUAGAGAAUGGAUGGGAGGAAGAGAAUGUUAUGUGAUGAUAUGGGUACGAUAAAGAAAGGGCCAUGGAAGGCAGAAGAAGAUGAGGUUUUGAUAAACCAUGUCAACAAAUAUGGCCCUAGAGACUGGAGCUCCAUUCGAUCCAAAGGUCUCUUGCAACGUACUGGCAAGUCGUGCCGUCUCCGUUGGGUUAACAAACUCCGACCCAACUUGAAGAAUGGGGUGAAGUUUUCGGCAGAGGAGGAGAGAACAGUGAUAGAUCUUCAAGCACAAUUUGGUAACAAAUGGGCUAAAAUAGCCACAUAUUUGCCAGGAAGAACAGACAAUGAUGUUAAGAAUUUUUGGAGUAGCAGACAGAAGAGGCUGGCAAGGAUUCUGCAGACAUCUGCACCACCAUGCGGCAGCAAGCCUAGGAAGAACAAGGAAAUCCAAGUCCCUCCUCUUCUUGACGGUGUUCCCUCUUUGGAGGCACCAAUAUUCAGCAUGUUGAGAGAGGAAGAAUCAAUAAUCAAGUCACGAUCUUGCUCAUCACCAUAUAUUGAUGAUUCUGAGACAAUCAAAAUGGUGCCUUUACAAGGGUUAAUGUAUCCCGGUUCGCUGAAUUUUGAACAUAGCCCACAUCAAAUUGAGUUCAAUCCGGCCGUUGACAAGCAAUCAUAUGAAGAACAGCAGUUACAACUCCCAUUUCCUCAGAUUCUACAACUCCAGCCAGAUUAUUCUUUACCAGUAGAAAACCAAGACUUCAUCACUAGGCUCGGAGAUCCUAAUUUUUAUGAUGUUUUUGGACAAUGUAGUGGUUCUGAACUGGGCACUGGACAACUUCCUAUCUUGCCAUCCUGUUUUGGACCAGAUGGAGGCUCUCAUACUCCAAGUCAAGGAGAAAAUCAAAACAUUGUAACACCGGACAGCUUCAUUGAUGACUUCCCUCCCAUGGACAUAUUCGAUCAUCUUGAUCCACUUCCAAGUCCAUCACAAUGGUGAUGAGCCAAUCCUGAGAACUACUUCAGUAAUUAGAUUCUUGACUUCAUAGUUAAAAAGUACACCAACAUUAUUGGCUAGUUGUCUCUAUUUCUUUUGUACCAAGACACCUUUCUAACAGGUAGUGCCUCAUGGAUUGAGGCUUGUUUAACAGCUAAAUGUAGAGAUCUAUUCUAUGACAUUUUUCUUUCGUAAAGUUAAUGCUUUUCCUUCACUUAAAUUCGGUUCAUUACAUUUAGAAAAGGUAUGCUAUGUUUCAUAGGCUGGAAAAAGAAGUUAAAAUCUCAUUCACAUACAUACCAAACAUUCACUUAUUCCUAAGAAAAUGGAACACAGACUGAAGACAGAACAUUGUUCUCAUACUAAAAAUUAUAUCCCACAGCACAAAAAGUUGAAACAUCAUUUUCCAUUAUUUUCUAGAAAAAAAAUCUGGAAGUCUGAACUUACU